AUGGGCGAAUUGAGUAAUCUCAUAACAACACAAAACGUACACAAUCUUCUCAAUGAAAUUUCAAAUGGCUAUCAAGUUGAAGACCCUGUAAUACAAUCAUUAAGUAUUGUUAUGGAAGACUACCUCCAAGACGUACUACUUAAUGCCUAUCAGAUGUGUAGACACAGGUAUUCCAAAGUAAUUACGCCACAGGAUGUAUGGUACUACUUAAAUAUAACAGAUUCUAGCCCAAUUGAGCCUUUGGCUGGACUAGGGGCUACAAUGGGCCUAGGAGCAGUGAUAUCGCUAAUCGCUGGCAGCGACUUUAAGGAUAAAGCAGAUAAGACAAAAUCAAUGGUCAAUUACUUGCAAUUGCCCAGGUCCAACUAUUCAUUAUCACAUGUAUUGAAUAGGGGCAGUGGCGGGAGAAAUAAUCGCAAAAUAGCCUCCGCAGCCGCAGAGCAAAGGAGAAUUUUGUCAAGUUAUUUCUCCGAUCCUGAAACGAACAAAACGGAUGAAAUUGCAAUACGCAAAAUCCGUACUCGCAAUCACACGCAUUUGCACACUUCUACCGGUUCAGAAACAGAUUCCAUUUCCGUCAUAUCCUUUGUUUCUGACUCUCAGUAA